CUCCUAUUGCCGCUCCCGCCCCGCUCCCGACACAGUCCCGCUCGCGGUCCCGUCUGGAGCGGAGGGGCAGGAUGUGCGAUCCGGCCGUGUCCAGUUUCCUCACCCAGACACUGUGUGCCCAUGGCGGGCGGCUGGGGUUGCAGGAGCUGCAGGAGAACAUCGGGCUGUCGACACUGCAGCUGCAGGACACGCUGUCGGCGGCGGGCCCCCGGCAGUUCCUGGUGGUGGAGGGCGGCCUGGCGGUCCUUGCCGUGACGGACGUGCGGGUCUGUGUCCGCAAGGAGUGCGAUGGCUGCGAGCGGCUGCACCUCUGCAAGCUGCACCUCAUGGGCAGGUGCUACGUGAGGCCCAGCUCUUGUAAGUACUCGCAUGACAUCAUGAAUGCGGAGAACAAAAAAGUUCUAAAAAAACAUAAUUUGUCUGGCCUCAGUGAGAAUGAGCUGCAAGUCCUGCUUCUCCAAAACGAUGCAUUCUUCCUCCCUGAUACCUGCUCCUUGUACAACAAAAAAGGUCACCACUGUCAGCAGCAAAACAACUGCAACAAGCUUCAUGUUUGUCGACACUUUCUCCAUGGGAAAUGUAAAUUUCCUCGAUGCAUAAUGUCCCAUAACCUCUUGGAUGGCCACGCAUUGAGAGUGUUGGAAGCCGGAGGCAUUGACGCGAAGAUAGCUUCAAACUUCCAGGCUAUAUAUGAUUACAAGCAUAUUGAAUUCAACAGGGAACCAAAGAAGGGGUAUGUACUCAACUACAGACCAUUAAAUGAUCGUUGGAAAAAGCCAGCAAAAGAACCAAAGACAACUUUGCAAACAGUGCAAACCAUGCUGCAUGUGCCACCUUCUGAAGGUCCCAAUAGCACCGUACCUGCUCAGAACAAAGACCAGUUGCCAACAGGAGCAGGAGAUAAAGGUCCCAAUAGCACCGUACCUGCUCAGAACAAAGACCAGUUGCCAAGAGGAGCAGGAAAUAAAGAUAAAGGUAAAAAGGACAGUUCCUCUGAUGAAGCUUCAAAGGACAAGAAGAAAGAUAACUGUGAUGAGAUCUGUUUAUUCUAUGUCUGGAAGUACUGCAAAAACAAGGAUAAAUGCAAAUCUGUUCAUUACCGUUUGCCAUAUAAAUGGGAGAUACAUGAUGGGUUGGACUGGCAUGAACUUCCCAUGAUGGAGGAAAUUGAAAAGGCAUAUUGUGACCCAAAGAACAGCAGCUUGCCAAGUAGGAACAUAAAUUUCCAGACAAUGACCUGCUCUUCUUCUUUGGUUCGACGCCUCUCUACACCAUCAUCAGUCACAAAACCAACAUUCGUACUGACCACACAGUGGAUUUGGUACUGGAAGAACAACCAAGACAAGUGGAUUGAAUAUGGAGAACAGGAAGAAGAGAACAGCGUGACCUCACCAUCUUCUGCUAUUAUUGAGAACUUGUAUCAAGCAGAUCCAUGUGUCACUGUACGUUUCCCAGCUGGCGAACAUCAAUAUGAACUCAAUUUUAAAGAAAUGACUCAGACAAACACUGCUUUUCAAACUCGAAGACAGGUCUGCAGGCGACCAAAAUUUGUGUCUUCUGAAGAUGUGCAUAAGAUAAAGACAGGCCAGGGGGAUUCUUCUAUUCCAAAUCAGACCUGUCCUAGUCACUGGGAUGCAUCUGCACUGCCUGAAUUGGGAUACAAGGCAGUGGUGAUCAGCAGUGCAACCUCUGAAUACAAUGGAAUAAAGCAGCAGUUUCAUCAGACUAUGAAAAAUUACAGCAUCCUUAAAAUACAGAGGAUUCAGAAUCCAUCCCUCUGGAAGGUGUUUCAGUGGCAAAAAGAGAAGAUGAAAAGGGAAAAUGGAGGAAAGGAAGUCCAGGAAAAACUCCUGUUCCACGGAACUGAUAUCACCUCCAUGAAAACGAUCUGCACUCAGAACUUUGACUGGAGAAUUUGUGGAAGCAAUGGAACUAACUAUGGGAAGGGAAGUUACUUUGCUAGAGAUGCUCGCUAUUCCCACACCUACUGUCAAGCUACGCCACAGGGACACUUGAUGUUUGUGGCUCGCGUUCUGGUUGGAGACUACGUUAAAGGCAACACAACCUAUGUCCGUCCCCCAGAGAAGUGUGCUGACAAGAUGUGGUUUUAUGACAGCUGUGUGGAUGAUGAGUUAAAUCCUUCUGUUUUUGUUGUCUUUGAAAAACACCAGAUUUACCCAGAGUACAUAAUAGAGUAUAAAGAGGAGAGAAUAAGAGAGCAGAAUGAGGUGGGAAUAAGACCAUAUAGAGAGGCGGGAAUAAGAGAGCAGAAAGAGGCAGGAAUAAGACCAUACAGAGAGGCAGGAAUAACAGCAUAUGGAGAGGUGGGAAUAAGACAGCAGAAAGAGGCAGGAAUAACAGCAUAUGGAGAGGUGGGAAUAAGACAGCAGAAAGAGGCAGGAAUCAGAGAGCAGAAAGAAGCAGGAUUAAGAACAUACAGAGUGGAGGGAAUAAAAGAGUGUAAAGAGGAGAGAAGAAAAUGUGUUAUAUCUUAGAGGAACAUGGCAGUUUGUAUCCCUCUUCUUUCUUUUUAAUACAGUUCUUUGGGAUGUUAAUCCAAACAAUUUUUGCAUUGAGGAGGGCCGGCAAAGCAGAUGUUACAUUUGUUGCAAGUACCUUUCUUCCUCUCUUAAAUGAAGCAUAGACAUUUCGGUAAACUUCGAAGGAAAAUCAGAAUUGUGGAACGGGAAAUUGAAUGUUAUGACUGCUGUGGGCAAAUAAUUAUAAAUGCAUAGUCUAAAAAAAAUAGAAUUUCUUUUCGCAAACAGUUAAAAGAAAAAUUAACAGUACAGUAGUUUUUAAGGAAGCUUUCCGGUUUUUAGUAGCCAGAGAUUCUUUUUAGUGCAGAAUUCAUCUGUUCUUGAUCCUCUCAUCUAUCAUUAUUAUAAACAAUUCAGUGUAGGUAAUAAUGACUUGAGUUUGUUUUCAAAGCACUGCUUGUUAAUACUGGUACAUGUUUCGAGUUAAAACAGUAAACAAAAAAAGAAAAAGCAUAUUUUAAAUCCACAUUGUUAGUUCUUGAUAAUUUUCAUCUGUACAAUGGCAGAUGGAACAGAAACCUGUUGAAUCAGAUUCUUUGUGGAAAUUUGCAGUAACUUGCUGUAACCUAUACAAAAGCAGAGCUCAACUGAAACUGUGAAAGCCACCACAUGUGAGUAAGCAGACACCAAAAUUUGGUGGUUCGGCUGCAACUAAUGACCGUAAGGACACAAAGGCUGUGUCCCAACGAGCCAGGCUUUCCAGUGGAUGUGGCCCUGUAGCGCAAUAGGACAGGAGAAACUUCUUAAGGAGCAUAGAGAUAUUCUGUCUUGUUUUUGCAUUAAUUUUCGUUUUUCCAGACGUAGAAUGGGACUGAAAGAGACCAGUUAGGUUCUCUCAAGGCCAGUGAUAGAACUGCUGUCCUAAGGUACCGUCUGCAUGUUCUGCUGCCCGCUUGCGUGGGGCAGGGUGCUGACAAGUGAGGAUCCUCUUUGUGUGUGGGUGAUCCUGGGUCAGAAACCUGUGCAGUUUCUACUGGAUGUUAGCAGGGAGUCCGUAAGUGGAUCAAACUCAAGGCCCUCUGUACAAAAUGCCAUAUUCAGGCUGUUUAGCUGUUCAGAGGGAAACUGGGAGUGAGGACAGAGGAUCAGUAUUUUUUACCUUCAGAUAAGCUUUACAGAAACAGCAACAGCAUCUAAGGUUUUUGCAUAUGUGAUACAAAUAUGUCAACCACUCAAAGAUAGUGCCUUCUUUCCAAGAACAGAAAAGAUAAAUCCAGAACAUCUUACUAAAACUGCUUAGAACUAAAUGAAAACAUGCGGGGAAGAAUUUAAGACUUUCUAAUAUCUAUCUUUCUCUUGUUUGCCUGUAGAGUUCCUGAAUUACUAAGAUUGUUGUAUUUGCAAAUAAAACCUGUUUUCAGGCACUUUUAGUGUGCAAUUUGUCUUUAUAUAAACAUGGCAAGUCUUAACAUGCUGAG